CACUGGUCAAAUUGGGCGCGUAAAUACACGACAUUAGGCAUGUCAGCUGUGACGAAACAAAUCGUGGAACGGAGUGAUCGGACAAAGUAUAUUCCUUCAUAAUUUCAUAUUUUAGUGCGUUUAAGAAGAAGAAGAACCAUAAAAGCAGAUUCUGUUUCAUUAUAUACAAUUCUUAUUUUGGUUUCACUGAAAAAACUUAUUAAUUCUCACAUGUGAUAGCAUGUAUUGACCUCCCGGCGGUUGCUGAUCUUACAGAAGUUUACAUGAGCAAGAAAGAUUUCAAUAAGAGAAAUCACGAUAAAUCGGAUAUCUCUAAAGAUAUUCAAAAGCUCGAAGAAGUGAUGCGUGAUCAAAAAGAUGAAAAAAAUAUCGAGGAAAGCUUUAAACACGUCGUUUGCGACAUUAUAUCGAAUGAAGAUUUUUCUAAUCAGGAAAAGUUGGAAAAUAACGAAAUUUCUGGUGUCAACAAAACUCACACUCUAAACGAAAGAGUCAAGAACGAUUACUGUGAUGGGAAUGAAAAUAGUAAAAAGACAAAACAUUUAAAUUUUGUGAAUAGUGAUUCUGUAGAAGAAAUUAGCUUGAAUCAAGCGUCAAACAAAAAUUCUUUUAUUGCUGACAAUGAUUAUCAUUUUGGAUCAUCUGAAUACUUACAGAUUCCAGAACAUAAAAAUUAUUUGAAAAAUAAAAGAGUCAGAAGAGUAAUAUACAGUGACUCUGAAGAUGAAUUAACAAGCGAGAGUAUUAACUCUCCUCAGACGAUUUGCGAAUCUGUAAAUACUGUUGAAAAUGAAUUAAAAGUUGAUGAUAAGAAAUAUUGCGAUACAGAUAUUGAUAGUACCACUACUAUAAAGAUGAAAAAAUGUAUUAAUCUUGUGGCUAGUGGACUUAGAGAAGAGACUAGUUUGCAUGAAGCUUCUCUUGCUGACAAUGACUAUUAUUCUGAAGCAUGUGAAUACUUAUUGACUGCAGAACAUAAAAAUAAUUUGAAGAGCAAAAAUGUAACGAAAAUAAUAGACAAUGAAUUUGAAGAUACACAAAUAAGUGAGAGUAAUAACUUUCCUCAUACGGAAACAGUUCAGAAAAAUAUAAGCACUGCUGCUAAAAGCUACCGGACUUUAAUAGAUUCUGAAUUAGAAGAAAGAAAACAAAAUGAAGAAAUAGAAUCUCAAGAAAAUAGGAAACUAAACAAAAAUAAUAAUUUUCCUGAAACAGUUCACAACAUCAUAAGUACUACCGUUGAAAACUAUCGGACUUUAAUAGAUUCUGAAUCAGAAGAAGAAAAACAAAAUGACGAAACUGAAACUAACACUCUAAUUACAUCUGAAGAAACGUCUGAAAGUAAGAACGCAAAAAAGAAGUUAAUUAAGAAGAGAAAGGGAUCUAUAAGAGCUUCUAAGGACGAGGCAAUGCGCCAGAUACACAGCGAAACUCAACGUUUAUUAAGAGAGACAGAAAUUUCUUUACCAUAUCACAGGCCAAAACAGCGUACAUUACAAGAAUUCUUGAAUAGAAAAAAAAUAUCAGCUGCUCUUCCGAAAGCACCUUCGAUAGCUGCGAAACUCAAGAUGUCUUCUGCGAUAGUAAAUCAGGUCCUCACGGAAAAGGAAAAAGAAGCGGAAUUUUUUUAUAAAUCCUCUGAUUCAGAAGAUGACAAUCUGCAACAAUCUAUGUCUUUUGUUAACAAGGACACAGAAAGAGCUUUCAUUACAAAUGAAAAGGAGAAAAUACUUUCAAUAGAUAUUAAUCGUACAUGUAUUCAAGAUUCUAACAAAGUCGAAACGAACAUUCAAGAUUUACAAGAUAGUGGAAAAGAAAUUGUACAAAAUGAACAUUUAAAUUUUGACGCAUCCAGUGAAGUAUUGGUUGAAAAAAAAUUUUGCAAAGUGGAUCAUCAAGUUGCAAAAUUAUCUUCCUUGACAAAUAAUAAUAGUACUCUUGAUGAAUCUGAUACAUUAUUACAACAAAUAAACGAAUGUAAUCAAAAUCUUUCAAAAUCAAGAAAAUUAUUUGAUAUGUGUCUUGAAAAAGGAUCAAAUAACAAUUUUAAAAUCAAUCUUGAUGAACAAGAAGUAACCAAAGAAGUAGAUGAAACUAUUAUUACCUUAUUGAAUAAGGAAAACUGCAUUGAUAAUGAAAAAAGAUCAAAAAUUACUAUGACAGAUAAUCAAAUAUUAAAAAUAUAUCAAGUUGAUUCUGAGAUCAUUAAUGAGAAAGAUACAAAUUUGAUUACAGAAACAAUGAAAAUACUAGAAACACAUUCUAAUAAUAUAAAUAAUGAGAAAAUAAUAGAAAUAUGUAAAAAUGAUAAUGCUAUAUGUUUAAAUUCUGAUAAUAGAAAUAAUGAAAAUAAAGAUAAGUGUGCCCAAACAAAUGAGACAUCAUCGUUUUCUUCCGUAAUUAAUGAUCAAUCAAAAACUGAAGAUAAUCCUUCAACAGACGAAUGUGAAGAGUCUGAUGGUCAUAUACUAGGUUUACCGCUUCCAAAAUUUGCAGACGAGACUCUGUCAAAUAGAAAAAUCUUACCAGUAGUAUCUGAUUCAAAAGUUACGUUGAGAGGCUUGCCGGGUAUGAUUAUUGAUCUAACAGAAGACGCAAAACCAAAUGUAAGAGGUGUGAGUACCUUAUUAGAUAGAUUUUUCUGCAAACAUGCUAAUACAAAAAAACAGAACGAUAAUAAAUCCGAAGUAACUGUGAUACAUUUACAAGACACGCUAAACGGUCCUCUUCCAAUUAAAGAAGUGCUCCCGUACAAGGUACCUAUCAAUGCCGAUACUUCCGAUUUGAACAAGCCCGGUGCUAAGUUAAUGCGUUUGAAGGAGGAUUUGAAAUUACAAAUGACUUUGAAGCGUAACAAAGAGUGGAAACAGAAAGAAACAGAGUUGCAAGCACAGAAGAAAGAAGACUGGAAUGAGGAAAAAACAAGUGAUUUAGACGAACAGGAAGAAGCAGAAUUAGGUUUGGAGUUGAGCAGCAGUGAGGAAAGCGAACCCGAAGAAAACGACAUUUGCAUUGAGGAUAAGAAGAGGACUAGAUGGCUAUUUGCCGAUGAUGAAGCUGAGGUUACAAAUGAUGAAGAUUCUAAUGUGGAAGAGAAUGAUGACGAGGAUUGUGCGAAAAGUAAUAAACGAUCUACAACCUUCAAAUGUAGAAAAAAAUAUAUAGAUGAUGAUGUAAGUGAGAUAGAAACCAAUGAAGAAGAUAAUGAUAAUGGAGAAAAUGAAGAAAACGAAGAAGGUUCAGAUGAAAAUAUAGAGAACGAAAUUGAAUUUGAUUUUAAGGUUCGCAAAAACUUGGACGUUUACAAAAACAGAAAUGAUAGAGAAACGAGACAUUUAACAGAAGAGUUUCAAAACGACUUGAACAUUGCAAAUCCGAGCGAUUCACGAGAUGAUAGCAGUCAAUUAAAUAUGAUAUUAGAAGUAAAUGCAUUGAAAACAAAUUGUGAAGAUAAUAAUUGGAUGAGUGAGAAUGAAAGCAACACGUCCGCGUGUCAACAACACACAGAGAUUGCUACAAGAAACCAGAUAUACAAGACACCCUUGAUAAAGACGAGCAUGCUCGAUUUUGUUUCUCCUGUAACGCAAUUAAGUGUAUUGAAUACCACGUUAGAUUCUGAUAAGAAAGACUCGUCGGAAAAGAGAAAAUGUCUGGUUGAUAAAUAUGAGUUUGUUUCCAUGGAAAACACACAGAUUAACAAGUCUUCUGAACAUAUAUGCAAUAUUAAAAAUAAAGCUGUUUUAAAGAAGAAAUUAUUUGAUGAUGUUGGAGAGACUAUCGAUGAUGAAUAUCUUAUGCGAUUGUGUUCGGGUAAAUUUGAUUCUACGCAGAAAACUGAUUUGGAUUUCUUCUCGCAAUUCAACAUCACCGAAUCACAGUUGGAUCAAUGUUCCGGAAAUUCUAGCGCAAAACUAGUUGAACGAUUGAAAAAUCCAAAAGUAAACGAUAAAAUGCUUCAAAAUGCAGAAAAAAUGUUAGACAAUGAUUCUAAUAAUUCUGAAAACCAUGCAAAAGAAAUAUACAAAGUCAGCAUAGCGCAUUCGGGAUUAAAAUUAAGAGUAACUUCAUCGGAUGAUGAGGAUGAAAAUAUAUUUGCAAAAUUCAAAAAACAUUCAGUUAAAAGACUAAACUUGUCCGACUCGGAAGAGGAGCAGUCUCAAUUCUUCGACGAAAAAGACGAUGUAGAUGAUAUAGAAAUAGAGAAACAAUACGUCGACUAUGAUUCCGAGGAGAAUGAAGUGGUAGUUGUGCCAGAAAAGGACAUAAAAAAAGUUGCGGCUGGUUUUUUGGAGGAAGAAGCAGAGUUGAGUGAAAGUGAUUGGGAUUCCGUCGAUGAGGACGAGAAGGACUUGGAUAAAUUAGAGUUCGAAGAAGCUGACGAUGAAUACAUAGAUGAGCUUGAGGUAAAGAAUCACUUGGAGAAGAUGCACAUGAAGCAAAUACUGGAUGAGGAUAAAAGAGAAGUCAGAUUCCUUAAAGAAUUGUUAUUCGAGGAUGGCGAUUUACAUACCGAUGGAACGGGACGUGAACGCAAAUUCAAAUGGAGAAAUAUAGAUAAAUUAGGUAAUAACGAGAUACCACAAAUGUGUGAUGAAAACGAUGGCUGGGUAGAUGUGCACGAAGAUGAGGAGGAAGCGAAAUGGAGUAAACUCAGACAUGAAAGAGAUAAAUUUCUCGAAGAGAGAAUGAAAUGUUUAAAUAAUGAGAUUGAGAAUGAGUUGUGCGAUAGUCAAAUUUUUAAACUUGGAUUGGAAGCAGUUAAGAAGAUCAAGGAUAAUGAAUUACAAAAACAGGAUUCUUUUUUCGACAAAACAGAGUUGUCCGAGAAUAUAGAACCGAUUAUGCCACGCAAUAUAAUGGAUCUUUUGAAUGGACCAAAUGUUGGAAAGAAAUCUCAGACAAUAUAUAAUGUCAUAAAAAAACGUUCACUCUUAACUCGAGGAGAAGAAUCAUUAGCAAAAAUAGCUUCAUUGGCAAAACAAGGUGAUUCCGCUUUUUCCGCUUCUCAUGCAGUAAAUACAAGAAAUUUCGUCUUUCCACAUAUUGAUCAAAGUACAGAUAAUAUAAUUAAAAAAACAAACGAGGUAACAGAAGAUUUGAAUUCGCAAAUUAAGCCUGGCAAGAGAAAGAUGAUGUCAAAUAGAUCGUCGACAUCGAAAAAAAGGCGAAAAUAAAGCCGUCGUUUGUAGAAGAAAAACUAUUUUAUUUAUAUACAUGUAAGGACUGUUGUUUUAACCAGUUUUACAACAUUUGAAGUUUUGUGUAUAUAAAUGAAACGAUAAUGAACCUAUUCUUGUUAAGCUAAUUUUAAAAGUUCGUUAGCUGCAUAAGAAUAUUAAUAAUGAUGAUUAUGCGUCUUAUCUUUAUGUACAAAUACCAAAUAUAUACAAAACGAUAAUUGGUAUAACAA